ACGCUUACUCCAGCCCUCGCCACUCUUGAGGUUAAUUAAAUAUUUUUCUGCAAAUUCGAGAAUAUAAACGUUUGCGUUAGUGUUUAACAAAUAAAAAACGACAAACAUGGCUGGCGGCAAUACACCGCGUGUUAUACAGGUGACCAACAUAGCGCCGCAGGCCACCAAGGAUCAAAUGCAAACGCUUUUCGGCAAUAUUGGAAAAGUCGAAGAAAUACGACUGUACCCGACCAUCAGAGAUGUCUCCUGCCCUGUGCAGUCUCGCAUCUGCUAUGUUAAGUACAUGGAGGCAACCAGUGUUCCCGUAGCGCAACAUUUGACAAAUACCGUAUUUAUUGAUCGGGCGCUGAUAGUUAUACCCGUGCUAGCCAUACCCGAGGAGUAUCGGGCCUUGGAGAUGCUGAAGAACGGGACCAUUGUGCCGGGUUUGCAGAAACCAGACUCUAAAUUGCCGCCGGAGGUUAUUAAUCGCAUUGAGGGCCAGCUGCCGCAGCAGGUGAUUAAAACAUACGACCCCAAGCUGAUAGAAUUCAAUCUGCCGGAAUAUCCAGCACUACCUUCCUUCUAUGAUGCGAGAAAAAUAGAAGAAAUCCGUCGCACCAUCAUUGUGUGCGAUGUGCGCAACGAGUGGCGACUGGAUGACCUGAUGGACUGCUUCCAACGUGCCGGCGAGGUGAAAUACGCACGCUGGGCUGAGAAGGACGGCAAGACCUACUGUAUGAUUGAAUUCUGCGAACAAACAAGUGUUAUACACGCGCUGCGCAUGCAGGGGCAGGAAUUCAAGGGUGGCCACCUUAGUGUCUAUCAUUCAACCUAUUCAAUUACUAAGCCGGAGGCUAAGUCCAAUGAGGCCGCUCAGGCGGAGAUUGAAGAAGCCAUGACAAUUGUAAAAGAAGCACAGAGCAUGAUUUCAGCUGCCAUUGAUCCUGUCAUCGGCAUGCUGGCUAAGGAUAAGCGACGACAUUCGCGUUCCCGUUCGCGUUCUCGUGAACGUCGAACCAGCAGUCGCUCACGCUCGCAUCGCUCCAGCUCCAGGCGGCAUCGGCGCGAUGGCUCACGCGAAAGACGCAGUGUUUCCCGCUCACGCAAUCGCUCGCGCUCGCGUGGCAAACACUCUUCACGCCAUGGACGCAGCAGCUCUCGCCAUCGCUCUAGCUCUAGACGUCGUCGUCGCAGCAGCUCACGUCAUCGACGCAGCAGCUCACGCUCACGCGGCAAGCACUCGUCGCGCCACGGACGCAGCUCGUCACGUUCUCGCCGCUCUAGAUCCCGUGAGCGCAGCAAAAAAUCGCAUCGUACACGUUCUCCACACUCACGCAGCAAACGAAGCUCUCCUUCGCCGCCAGUUGUAACCAGCAAGUCACGAUCCAGUCGCACCAAGGAUGUUAGCUCAAGCAAAUCCUCAUCAUCCUCUCGAAGACGCUCACGCAGCUCAGAUGUACGCAAACUUAAAUCAAUCUCAGAGGAUGCAGAAACGAAAAGUGCACGCAAAUCGGUCAGCUUAGAGAAGUCGGACAAUAUGGAUAUAUCUAAUUCUCCUUAAAAUGGAUAUUACCUUUUUCUACUUUUAAUCAAGUCAGUUUUUUAAUGAAAAAAAAAACAGUCCCAUAAUAUUCGUAUUUCCCUUUAAUUUUCUAAUUUUCACAAGUAUAAAGCCCAAAAACUAACAAAAAACACAUGUUUAUGUUUAUUUAAGUAAAAAUAUGGAACUAUACACACUUUAGCUAAAGUUUUUGUAAUUUGGUAU